UUAGUACGUCAAACUGGCUCGAGUUCAGUGUUUGACAAGGUUGGUCCAUUCUGGAUCCUCUAAUGUCUACCAUGCAGAACCGGCCCAGCCUAUAAAUAAUACUGACGCAUAUUUUGAGGAAAAGAACACUGCACCUGGAGAAAACAAGGGAGACGGUUCGUAAUAUGAAGACUAACAAUGCAGUAAGGGACUUUUUCCAAAAUGUCAUGCCGGUGUUGCUGUUGUUAGCUCUGGUGUGUCCAACCAUGGCUUCUUCUUCUCCGGUGUCAGCAUCGGACUCAUGUGGGCCAGAUGUUGCAGCUCUCAAGCGCAGCAUAAGAAAACUGGAGAAUAAACUCUUGAUCAGGACUUGGCAGGUGGAGCACUUGCAGACACACAAAUACUUUCAGGCAUUUCAACCUCCCAUGUCUGAUCCUGAACCUGAAACGGAAACAGCCCUCGGUGUAAACCACAGCAGCAGUGGGAUAUUAGACAACUCUAAUAUGACACUGAUGAAUCCACUUCCACCAGCAGGAAACUUAAUUGUCCAUGACAAAGACUGUUCUGAGCUGUUUGACAGACUGAAACCACCAAGUGGCUUUUACCGCAUCAGACCAAAAAUACACCAGGAGCCUUUUUUGGCCUACUGCGACAUGGAGGAUGGAGGAGGAUGGACUGUGUUUCAGAGACGUCGACAUGGAAAAGUUGACUUCAACAGAGACUGGGUGGACUACAGAGAUGGCUUUGGUGACUUCAAGCUGUGGAAUGAUGAGUUUUGGUUGGGGAAUGAGCACAUGUAUUCUCUACUCUCAGAUGGUAAGAACCUAGUGAAGAUAGAUCUCAUGGACUGGGACGGGAAGAGAAGUUAUGCAUUUUAUAACAACUUCAGGAUCACCGACGAAGCCGACAAGUAUCGUCUCCAGUAUGGGCUCUAUAGUGGGCAAGCCGGAGAUGCUCUGAUAGGAGGUGGGGGGAUGGUGGAGCAGUGGUCUGCUGGCCUCAGUGGCAUGCAGUUCAGCACUAGAGAUCAGGACAAUGACCGUUACGUUCAAGGCAGCUGUGCUCAGGAGAAUAAGGCAGGCUGGUGGUUCAACAGAUGUCAUGCAGCUAACCUUAAUGGGAAAUUCUACCGCAAAGGGAAGUACAAGGGCAAGCACGACAAUGGUGUGGUGUGGGGGACCUGGAGGGGCCUUUGGUAUUCCCUCAGACACACCGCCAUGAAGGUGCGGCCUCUGGUUUUCUUGGAUGCCAUGGGCAGUGGAGCAGGAGAAAUGUAAACGUCACACUUCAUAUUCCCUUGUGUGUCUCAAAAGCGAGGGCAAAGACUGAUUCAUAUCUUUGUAUUCAAUUGUUUGGCUUUGCUUCACACCUUGAAACCAUUAUCAAAUGUUAAUGAUAGUAAAGUAUCUUCUACUUUCCAGUAAGUACUAUCUUCUAUAAGUGUAUUUUCUAAGUGUAUAAUGUUACUCAUAAUAAAACAAUCUUCAAAACA